UCUUCUGACCUUUGUACUGAUUGUGAAAACGGGUUAAAUACGUUGUGUUCAGUGAAAUUUUACAUUUACUGAAACAUACAAACCGACUCACAUAGCAUUCUGAACGUCCAACAAAUGCUUUCUUUUUGUCAUCCAAGUUAGUAGAACGAGUUGACUUAACUGACUAUCUAGAGGGAGAGAAGCAUGUUAUAUUAAGUCGUGUUGUGAUCAGAUCAUGAUUUUCGAGUGAAAGCUUCUAAUCAGGUGUACACACAAAAAGUGAUAAGAGCAUAAACUUCGAAUGCUAUAGUCCACCUCAGUGGUAAGAAUCGUAGUUCGGUUGGCCUGUGGUAAUUCUUUCAGUAUGUUUUCAAGUGAAUACUCAGGCUCAUAAAACUAUCUAUUUUUAUGAAGUUUCGUGACCUGGUUUCUAUACUUUAGUGAUCCAACAGUCAUUGUGUAGUAAAGCGAAUGUUCAAAGAAUGAGUAUUAACUUCAACACCUAUUUUCAAUUUACAGUUUGUCAACAGAAAUAAAAUUCUUGCAGUUUUUUUAUUAAAAAAGACGAAUAAAGUGUGUUUAUGCAAUUAAAAAGAAUGACAAGUUACUUUAUUUGCAUAACCUUCAGGUUAGUCAAGGUAUUCCUGUAUGGCGGUCUCUGUUGGCUACUGUCCAAAACGUAAGAUGCUUGAUGCUGAUUCUUUGUUUGAGAGGCUGCUCCGUGAGGCUGCCAAUUUAGUUCCAAAGAUGAGUACUCCAAAACUAACUUACGCUCUAAAAGUGACGUCCUCACUUCAACAAAAAAUAACAGAUACAGUUGCAUCAAGGCUACCACAAGAAAAGUCUACGGAACAGCCUGGAGAUUCCAAUCGACAACAGAUUCAUUUGGAUUCGAUGUUAUCUCAAGGAGGAUUUCCGGAAGCCACACUUAUUACCUCUGACUCUGACCAGAUUCGUCGUGCUGCUCUAAAUCAAUUGGAUGGGAAUUAUGGAGGAUUCACUAUUUUUCCUCAACUUAAUCAUAUAGCGAAUAAUGCCAAGGAUGUAAAUGACAGUGCGACACCAUCUGAAAUAUCAUCUAUUACUUACCCAGCCGGUACUUUAUUUUCACCUAUGAAUACAAUGACCGCUGUAAUGUCAACUGGAACUGGAAUGGGUGGCUGUAGUGCGUUAUUGGUUCCUCUUGUAGCUGGUAGUCAUGGGACAACUUUAUUACCAUCUAAUAUGACUCCUGUUUCAUCUCAUCUCUCUGUUGUUGCUGAUCAUUCUGUUUUGAUGAAUACAAAUACUACACCUUUAACAAGCAGUUCAAUUAACUUUGUCCCUUCCAGUGGUUCUAAUUCCGUCACAAACUCUACCAUAGUUCAUAACACUCCCGGUUCAAAAUCAAAUAUUAAGAUUCCAACAUCCAAUUCCGAAUUGAAUGGGCGAUUAAGGAAUUCUAAAGAUUCAGUUGAAAUGAAACCAGAACCACUUGAUUGUUUCGGACGAGUUACCACUGGUGCAGCAGAAGAUCUUUUAACUUCUGGAUCUCAAAAUGAAAUAAAUGCUGUAGGUUUUCCGCAAUUAACUUCAAUCGCACCUUUCGCAAUACCUUCCACUUCCAUGACAAUGAGUACUUCAGUGUCUACUUCACCAGUUCAAGUUACACGAGUUAGUGGAGGAAUCAUAACAUCUAAUUCAACUGAUGGUAACAAUCCAGUACCUACUGAAACUAUUAUAAGUUCAAAUUCUAAGGCGUCUACGGGUUCUGGACCCUAUCGUUGUCGGGAGUGUGAUAAAGAAUUUCGAAUAUUACGUUAUUUAGAGAAGCAUAGACGUAUUCAUACGGGCGAAAAACCGUAUCAGUGUUGCUACUGUGGUCGUCAAUUCAACGACUGGCCAAAUAUGAAUAGGCAUAAACGGAUUCACACGGGGGAAAGGCCUUACCGAUGCACGGUAUGCACCAAGACGUUUUCACAACCAGCUGUUUACAAUGAACAUGUGAAGCGACAUACUGGUGAACGUCCUUAUAUUUGUACAGUUUGCGCCAAAGGAUUCCCUCGAGCAGCUCGUCUGGCCGUUCAUAUGCGCGUUCAUACAGGUGAACGUCCUUAUCCAUGUACGUCUUGUGAUAGGAGAUUUAGUCAACCACAUCAUCUUGCUGCCCACCUUCGUGUUCAUAGUGGUGAUCGGCCAUACUCUUGUCCAAAAUGUGAUGUCAGUUUUGCAUGUAUUUCUAAUCUGAGACGCCAUCGGAAGCAAGUUCAUCCAACGAGUCCUGUUCCAAAUGAUAAUGCAGACGGCAGUGAUGUAAAGAGUGGAAAUGAAGAGAAAAAGCCAUCACUCCAAAUUAUUACGUCUACUGUUUCAGAUAACAAUAAUAAUAACUCUUCUUCCGUUAUGACUAUGGAAACACCAUCCUAUAUUGCUUCGUCAUCGAAUUUAACUUCUGAUGCUCCUGUUGCGAUCGCUGCCGCAAUGUCAGGGACUGUGUUAACAGCAACUGGUGCUCUAGUUCCUGCUAAUUUCUUGCCUGCAUCGUCAGUACCUGGACUAAUUCUUACAUCAGGUGCUCCUGGUGCUUUAAUAGCUGCGCCAGCUCAUUUAACUGAACCACAUUCUCAUCUUCAUCCUACCAUUAUUGCACAUAAUUCAGGUGAGGGAAAUACAUCUCUACUAACAACAUCUAUUUCUGGUGGUCUUUGUUCCGUUACUCAACCUUCGGCAUCUCUUGCAAAUUCAUCAACUGCUUUAAGUGUUCAAUCAGAAGCACUUUUAAAAGCUAGUUCUUCUCCUACAAUGUCUUUUAUGUUUCCAACUGUCCUCACUUCAACUCCUCAUCAUGGUGAUGCACUCAGACAAACUUCAGUUGCUUUUCUUACACCAACAGGUGAAUUAGAUCGAUCAUGUACUGCUACUUUAGCUACUGCUGGACCUGAUGGUGGAUUUAUAUUGAAUUCUGUUGGUGGAGAUACUGUCUAUUUAGAACCGUUGGAUCCUCGACUCACUCUAGAACCCGGGCAACAGUUUACUCUAACUUCUAUUCCCACUUCUCAUCCACAGGGAACAAUUAUUAAUCCACAUCACUCAGCUGCACAUUUAGUGGGUCAUCAGGUCCAUUUACAGUCGGGACAGGCAACACAUAUUGCUUUUGCAACUAAUAUACCAACUCAUGGCCAUCAGGCUUCACAACUGUUAACCUCUGGUUCAACUAUAUUUCCUAAUACAGCACCCAAUCAGGCAGCAAUUCACAGUGGUCAUUCUUCUGCAACAGUUAUUUUUCCUCCUCCUGUUUCUGUCCCUCACUCCAGUUUAUCUAGUCAACAACAAUCGGUACUUCAAUCGUCUACGGAGGUUACAGCUCCUUCUCAGUUGUUACAUUAUCAUAGGCCAAUUAACACUACAGGUGUUUUACCAGGUCGUCCUUCAUCUACACCUACUCAACAGCAAACAGCAAUGCUUGUACCUAUAGUACAUACACCACCGGUUAAUGUAACAUCCAGUCUACCAAACUCAACAUCUAAUACAAAUGAGUCAGUUAACUCAACUCCUCUAACAACAACAUGGCCUGUUAGUGGUACGUUUUUAACAUUCGCUUCCUCACAUCUCUGUCCUGUUGCUUCGUCCACUGUUAUGGAAGAUCAUACAGAUUCAUGUGCCCUUACCAAUUCUCGUCCUUCUUCUGUUCUGUCAAACUCCUCUUCUCUGGGUGCUAUCACUGCUGUCUCAGUACCAGAAACAAGUUUAUAGUUAUUAUUUUUUUGUUUCUCAUUCCGUUUAAUGACAUUAUUUACGUGUUCUUAAUCCAGUUCUUUGUGUUAUGUAUGUUUAUUCACAUUAAAAUUAAUUGUGUUAUCCGACUUUAAUACUUUUAUACCAUUCUUAUAAAGUAAAUAACAGCAGUAGAGGUACUUUCUAUUGAACAGCAUGUCUACUGGUGACCUCCCUUCUUGUACUUACUACUAUUUAUUAUUUCAUACUCGUCUUUUUUUUCAACGAUAACUUGAUAUUUGAUUUCGGUAUUUUCAUCAUCAUGGUAUGUGUGAGUGUACAAAUUAGUUUUGUUACGUCGUGUAUGUGUGUGUUCAAUGUUUAGUCAUUGUUAUUUGCUUUUAUAUUUUCCUAAUUAGCUAGUCUGAUGUAAUAUCAAAUUCUUCUUCUUACUAUAUCUAUUUGAAUAAAAGAGCAAACAUUUUAUAGUUACUAGCUGUGUUGACUUUAUUUUACACCUUCUACUUUGUUGUCAUGACCAUUUUUUUCGUAAAUAGGAAACAAAACAAAACUCAAUGAAACAUUUACUAAUGUGACCGUCAAAUUCAUCUUUAUUACACCAACACUACAUGCGUUCUUAUCACUCAAUGAUUAGUAUUGUCGUUCUGAGUAGUAUGAUUUUAAUUACUAAUUGUUUCUUUUCUGGUUGUUGUUGUUGUUGUUGCUGAUGAUGGUGUGUGCAUAUAUGCUCACAUAUAAGCGUUUCUCUGUUUACAUGUUUAUGUAUACAUCAUAUAAACUAAAUUCAACCUUGAUGAAUGUAGAUAAAAGGAAACAUUUUGCUUUUCCCCCCUACAUUAUUUCAUCGUUAAUCCAUAUUGUGUAUUAUAUAAAAAUAAACUAAUAUACUUUUUUUUUCUCAUUUUAUUUCAUUAAUUUAAAAGAAAAUUUCGUUUGUUUGUUUUUUUUCUUUAUUUUUCAUGUGUUUAUUUUGGUUUGGUUUGGUUUGGUUUUUCUUUCACAAUUUUCUUAUUUCGCCGUACAAUUGACAUUUCAAUAAGUGUUAUUUUCUUUUCCCAUUUCUUUCUUUUCUACUUUUCUUUUACACUUUAUCACCUUUUUUUUUCUCUCUCUCGCUUUCUCUCUCUAUAUCGCAUAACUUUUGUAAUCUGCACUAACCAUAAAUAUAUACAAAUUUGCACAUACAUGUGUGUACACACAGUGGCUUUGUUGUUAUGCCCUCUGAACACACAUGUUUAUGUACAGAUUGGUUUUUUCUCUCUGGUUUUGUUAAUUUAUUUUUCAUUUAAAUAAUUUAAUUCAUUCUAUUAAUAUGAAGAAAUACAACUUUGACCUCUACUCCUAAAAUAUUAUUAUUACUGAUAUUAUAAUUAUUAUCAUAACAUUACUAUUAUUAUCAUCAUCAUCAAUGUUAGUAACAACCAACUCGACCAUCUUCAUUGAGUACAUUUAUACAAUAACAGUAAUAAUGAUAACAACAUUAAUCCAAACAAAUGAAGAAUCUAACGAAUGUUAUUUUAUAUAUCUUUUUUUUUCCCUACUGUUGAUAUAUGUCUGUCCUUUGAGUGUAUAUGUGUAGGUUUACCUACCUACUAAUACUACCAGUAAUUACUCUGUGUAUUAAUUAAUUAAUUAUUUGUAUUUAAUUUCCUUAAUAUAUUGUAAUGAGAAAUGUGAAUUAUGUUGAAACAUAUAUUGAUGUUCCGUGUACUGACAAUCAUCAUGACUUGAAAUCAGAGUAAAAGUAGUAUUUAAAAAAAAACCUACUUUAGCUGAUCUAGUGCAAUACAUGUCCAAGGUUAUAGCCAACUGUCAUCUGAAUUGAUAAUUUCAAGUAGUGUUCGUCAUGGUUGUUAGCCUUCUCUAGUUUUAUUUAACUUUUUCAUGGACAUGCUUUUAGAUAUAACACCCACCGUUUGAUAUUUCAAAUAUUGUUCUAUCAGCAGAUUCGCAUGUUGACUUGGAAUACAUAGACGAUAUAGUUCUGUUUAGUGAAGACUCUGACAUAAUCCAGUCUUCAAACCACAAUAAGAAACAAUGCAAGCAUGUUUAGAAUGUGAUGCUAGAGGACCAGUUUAGUACACAGCAGUUCUCUCCAUCCUACUUUAUGGAUGUGAGACGUGGCCAUUAAGAAUAAAGGAUAUUCGUAGGUUACUACUAGUCGAUUAUGUGUCUUCGAAACAUUACUCGUGUAUACUGGAACCUUCAAGUAAGCAAUGACUGGGUUAGGAAUAUGGUACUAGGUAAAAAUGGCAAAUCAAUUGAUGAGGUGGUAGAUCUUCGUCAACUGAGGUGGUUGGGGUAUGUGUUGUGUACACCUAAUCACCACCUACCUCGAUGGGCGAUGCUUUUAUGUGUGGAUUUAGAUCGUAAGAAAGCUAGCAGCAGCCUAAAUAAAACAUGGCAUCAGUCCACAAAAUUAUUGACAAUUGAACUGAGCUAUGUUAAUAGGUACAGAUUACCUGGUUGGGUCCACGUGAUUACCGUGACCGGUGAUUAGAGACUGGAUGACAACUGAAAACCGUUUUCAAUGGUGCAGGUGCAUCAAUUUUUUGUCUUCUUCCAAAUCCUGAGAUUCUAAGUUCCCCAUACCUUUUUUCUUCUACAUUUCACAAGUUUAUAUUUACGUUUCGA